GAGGGCGUACGUACUGUAUUUCACAUUGUGGCGCAAUGGAUGCAGUUAAUACAGAUUGUAGAGGCAUAGACUAGCUCGGCGUUUGUUUCAAAGCCUGUUAAGUACUCAUAACAUCUAGGAAUAUACUGUACUGUAGAGGACCUGCUUUACAGAAUAAUGACAACAUUUGAAGUUAAAAGGUUGCUGUUAACCUCAGCUGCCACAUUGGUGAUGGUAGUCUGGACCUAUUUUUGGUUUCGAAAAUCAGAAGAUGAGGGUUCGGAGGAUGACGUAAGAGAACCCAAGGAGUUAAAACCAAUUUCAAAGUACAGAAAUGAUAGCAGAACGAUUGUAGUCAUCAGUACCAAAGAAGACUUUAAAGAUGUUCUACCAAAGCUUAUAAAUGACCUACAUGCUUUUAAGGUUUUAGGUUUAGACUGUGAAUGGUGUACUAAAGUGAAGGAAGUUAAGCCAGUCGCAUUGUUACAGAUUGCCACUAACACUGGCUUAUGUAUACUCAUCAGAAUGAACCAUUUCAAGUCCCAAGCUCAACUGCCAACUGAACUUCUUGAUAUAUUAGCAGACAAAAGUAUCUAUAAGGUUGGUGUUGGUAUUAUGGGAGAUGUGAAAAGGUUAAUGAAGGACUAUGCAAUAGCCCUCUGUGGCAUCGUUGAUUUGCGUCAUUUGGCAAUACGUCAUCGUUCCAUCCAACUAUGCAUUCAGGGUGGGAGUCUGAAAGAGCUGAGUGAAGUAGUGCUCGGAGUAGAAAUGAAUAAAUCAUUUGAUCUGAAGUGCAGUGACUGGGAGGCUGACCUUCUCAAACCAGAACAAAUACUUUACGCUGCGAAUGAUGCCCUUGUAGCCGUUGACAUAUUUCAAAAUAUAGUAAUGAUUAAGAUGGCAAAAGAUUUACCUAGCUUCAGCACAUCUGAAAAAUGGAACCAUGUUGUUGUUCAGUGCAAGGGAUUGGUUGAUUGUGAUUUUAAGGAUAAGUUCAGAAGUAAGAGAAAAAAGGUUGAUGUUAAGGGGUCACCGACGAAACCUGUUAAAAUCUCAUCAAAACCACCCAGUAGGAUGUUUAGAACACGGAAAGAACCAUUGUAUCAUAACUGCCGCUUAGAGGCCCCAGAUGGUAGACAGCUUUGUAUUUGUGAUUUUAAGAAGGCUGAAUGGUACGUAAGGAAGGGCAUAGGUACUGUGGUGUCUGAAGAUGAACCGUACACAGUGAGGUUGAACUUUGAACCUGCUGCAAUACCAAGCAGUGAUCAGGAAUAUUAUCUACAGGAUAAGGAAAAUAUCUGUGUUGUUUGCGGGAGGGGAGAUAUGUACAUGCGAAAGUAUGUCGUUCCACAUGAAUAUAGAAGAUAUUUCCCAAAGAAGAUGAGACAUCAUUCAUCGCAUGACGUCCUCCUCCUCUGCAUUGACUGUCAUCUGGAAAGCUGGAACCAUGACCAAUUUCUUCGACGCCAGCUCGCCAACGAGUGUAAUGCCGACUUCGACAGAAAUAACUCGGAGUACAUUGAAGAUCACACCGUGCUAAAAGUUCGUUCUGCAGCGAAAGCACUUCUGCGGAAUCGCUGUACUAUUCCAGAGCCUCGUAUAAAAAUACUGGAAUCAACAGUCAAGAACUACUAUAAUGUGGACACGGUGGACGAUACGUUACUUGAAAAAACAGUAAAUUUAGAAACAAGGAUUUUAAAUGAGGAAUUCACAGGGUCACAUGGCAAAAAAGUUGUAAUGCAUAAAGCAAGGCAGAAAGACGGAUUAUUAGAGUUUGAAAGAAUGUGGAGGAGGCAUUUUGUUAACACUAUGAAGCCACAGUUUUUACCAGCUCUGUGGUCAAUUGAUUAUCAACAUCCUGCCCUUGACGAUUCUUCAUAGUUUAGAGCAAACAAAUUAUUAUUUUGUUUAUAGUAUUGUAUUGUAAUUGUGUUGUUGUUCUACGUUCAACCAGGAAAUUAUUAUCACUAUAACAACUCACUGAUUCAACAUUAUACAUAUUCAAAUUUUAAUUUUAAAGAAACCAUUGAUACAAAUAAUUCAUUUUAACCAGAGGUGACGGAACUAGGGGGUACUGCGUUAUGGAGAGUAAUGUGUGUCUGGAAAUGGUCUGCCAGUUGGU